AUGUCGAGAACCACCACUCGAUCAAUUGCGAGCGCCGGCAGCGAGUCGAUCGGAAGUCCGCGGGCGCGAUCGACAUCGGCGCGCGGAGAGCGCUCCUCUUCGAAUCCGCCGUCUUUUUCCAUCGAUAUGAACCAUUACGAUACUGCCCUACCCCCUAUCAACUUCCACACUACACCCAUUAUACACCGCCGAACCGGGAGCACACUGAAAACUGUCAUGCGCAAGAUUUUCAAUAGGAAAAGACAGAGCCAGGUCGACGAUGUGGAAGAAAGUCCGCAUGAAGCAUACUACAAUUCUUCCCCGUCGAGGCGAUUGCCGCCAUUGGGGGAAUCAUUCCUGGCUGUUCCCACACCAUCAGAGUCCAAACGGAGUAGUCCACUCUCGGAGGAAAACCUGUCCCUCGCAGAAACACACUUGUCUCCGACUCGCUUGACUUCUCCAGGCUUUCCUGGCAUGCCACCGCGCCGACGACGUGCUACCCUCCCCAGCGUGAUAUUCUCCGAGGACGAGUCCCGGAUUGGGGUAGCAUCGAGUGUUGUUUCUGCCAUCUCCGAUCCUCAGGAAGAACGUCUUAUACCGGAGAGCCAACGCGAGCGCCGUAUGAUCCAGGCUCGAAGACGAUCAAGAAGCAUCAGCGCGAUUGGUGAUCUCGUAGAUGAACCACCAAUGUCUCACAAUUGGCCGACCCGCACAGCUUCAAUACCCAAUUCCGUUCCCGACUCAAGAUCCCCUCCUCACGAGGGAAGCUCUGCAAGUGAUCACUCUGGUCGUCCGUCCACGGGGACUACGGUGACGAGCGUGACUAGAGUGUCCGCUGCACCGUCCAUUCAGUCCGAUCACCAUGCAGACCUGAUAAGUCUACCACCCAAUGUGGGAAACUUGGUUCGGAGCAUGCAGCAAGACGAUGGCCUCACUGUGGAACAGCGUUUGAAUACGCUGGAAGUAAAGAUGAUCGACCUGGAAUUUGCCAUUGCACGAAUGCAGUCGAACUCAGUGGAACCUCAAUCCACAUCCCGUCGAAAACAAAGCCCAUCCACAGAAUCCUUCGCUCCCAAUGCGCGCAGCAGACCUUCUGGUCUUUCAAGUACACCUGAACGUGACGAAUCACCAAGUCCGUUGCCGUCUCUCCCCGUGCGCCCCACAAGCACCAGCACCAUUCGCCCCGAGACAAUGCACUCACGCACCCUUCGACCAGCCCCGUCUACCACAUCCUUAUCCGACUUCACAGGCGUGUCAAUUGAACAAUACAGCACCCUGGUGACGCUCCUCCGUCGCGAACAGACAGCCCGGCGGAACCUUGAAAGCCAAGUUUCCAACCUACGUGACGAUAUCCGCCAUAUCCAGCGGGCAGCAUUGCAGUCUAUGGAGAUGGGCCAAAUGUACCCAAUCCAUACAGUCGAUUCGCAUGAAUUUCUUCGCUUCCGACGCGCACUCGAUGAUUCCGAUUCCUCAUCCCCCAUCCGCAUCGCCGGCAGGGACGGUAGUGACUCAGACUGGGAUAAACCUGAAAGUUAUGACCCCUUUGGACCUCCCAAGUGGGAGCAGGGGAAGCGUAUUGUAACGGCGCCUAUGAUUUGA